CACAUGCUCCGAAGCAGCGACCGCUCGGGGGAGCUGCCCACAGCUCGGUCCUCUUCCGCCAAUGUGUCCGUGUCGUCCAUAAACACUGCGCUGCCGCCCCAAUCACUGCUCCUCCGCUGCUGCCACACCGUGACGUUGCGCCUUGCACCGCUCAAAUGGCUCCACCCGAGGAAGUGUUUGUCGGCAGCAUCGACCAAGGCACGACGAGUUCCCGCUUCCUCAUCUUCGACAAGAACGGCGAGCCUGUUGCGGUACAUCAGGAGGAGUUUAGCCAGAUAUAUCCCAACCCAGGUUGGCACGAGCAUGACCCCGAAGAGAUUGUGCAGUCCGUACAGAAUUGUAUAGAGGGCGCAUUGAAAGACUUCGAGAGCAAGGGCUACUCGAAAGCUAGCAUUCAGUCUAUAGGCAUCACGAAUCAGCGAGAGACAACCGUCGUCUGGGACAACAAGACCGGCGAGCCACUGUACAACGCCAUCGUAUGGACGGAUACUCGAACGGCCGCACUCGCACGAGAACUCAAGGCACGUCCGGAUAGCGACAAGCUGACAGAUAUCUGUGGACUUCCCAUCUCCACCUACCCGUCUGUCACCAAGCUCCUAUGGCUUCUCAAGAACGAAGACAAGGUCAAGAAAGCUUAUGAGGCAGGCACACUCGCAUUCGGCACCAUCGAUGCGUGGCUCAUAUACAAGCUGAAUGGCGGCCCUUCGAACAACGUCUUCGUCUCGGAUCCGACCAAUGCCAGCAGAACCAUGUUUAUGGAUAUCCACAAGCUCAAGUACAGCGACCAGCUGCUCGACUUCUUCUCAUACGAGUUCGACAUUCGGAAGAUCCAUCUCCCAGAGAUUGUACCGUCUUCCGACGCCAAGGCUUUUGGUCAGCUGCAGUCCGGAGCACUGCAAGGUUUCCCCAUCAUGGGCUGCCUAGGCGAUCAGUCAGCAGCUUUAGUAGGUCAGAAAGGCUUUGAGCCUGGCUCGGCAAAGAACACGUACGGCACAGGUUGCUUCUUGCUGUACAAUGUGGGCGAGAAGCCCGUCAUCUCCACACAUGGGCUGCUUGCGACUGUGGCCUAUGACUUUGGCAAGCCCAUAUAUGCGUUGGAGGGAAGUAUCGCUGUUGCAGGCUCUGGUGUGAAAUUCCUGAUGGACAAUCUGGGCUUCAGCCAUGCCAGCCACAAAAUCUCAGAGCUUGCAGAGCAGGUUCCCGACAAUGGUGGUCUUGUGUUUGUCACUGCGUUCAGCGGCCUCUUUGCGCCGUACUGGAUUGACGAUGCGCACGGAACCAUGUUUGGCAUCACCCAUCACACCAAGCGCGGACACUUUGCGCGCGCUACGCUCGAGGCCGUCUGUUUCCAGACCAAGGCUAUCCUCGAUGCCAUGGAGAAGGACAGCGGACACAAGCUGGCCGAACUCAAGGUCGAUGGCGGCAUGAGUAAUUCAGCGCUGUGCAUGCAGACACAAGCCGAUCUGGUCCGCAUCCCUAUCAUUCGACCCAAGAUGCGAGAAACGACAGCCCUGGGAGCCGCCAUAGCCGCUGGCUUUGCCGCUGGGGUGUGGAAGGACUUUGACGAGCUCAAGGGGGUCAACACGGCCGGCGAGACUAAAUUCGAGCCCGUCAUGGAAGAAGUGGCCAGCAAGAAGCUGUUCAAGAAAUGGGAACGAGCGGUCAGGAUGUGCAAAGGCUGGCUGGCCGAAGAGGAGUCUGAAGCCGGGCAUGAAACCGAGGCAAAGGAAAUUCAAGCAAGUGCCAAACUGGAUGAGGAGAGUUCGAAGUUGUGAUUUUGAAAAGAAACCCAAAAAGAAAGCAUCAAGUUGUGUUGCUGCUGCUCCAGAUACCCAUUGAAUCGAC